AUGUCCACCAUGACCAGUCUUGAAAGGAGUUUAUCCACCGCCUCCAGCACCUCCCUCUCCAUGUCGCCACGCCUAUCUGUCGGAGAACACACACCACUCGGGUCGGAACCGUCGCUCAUCAAUCUCCAUGACCGUGUCAACCAACUGGACUCGCGCGUCCUUGAGCUCCGAUCCAGUCUCAUGACAAAAGAUGCCUAUGUCGACCGCCGAAACCGUGAAGAUGAUCAUAUUCGACGUGAAUUCUCCAACCAGAACGCUACCUGCCAUCGCAUCGACUUGAACGUUAUCGCUCUUCGCACAGAUGUUGAUCGGUUACAGAAAGAUGUGGAUCGAAUUCGCUCUGAUACUGCACUGAUCAGCGAUCUUCAAAUCACUACUAAUCAGCUCUCGCGACGGAUUGAGUAUUUGGAGUCUCGAUCUCAUACUUUGGAAACUCGAUUUGAUUCCAUGGACACUCGAUUUGAUGACUUGGAGUCUCGCAUGAAUUCUAAAUUUGAUUCUGUGAACUCUCGGAUUGAUUCCUUGGAGUCUCGCAUGGACUCUCGAUUUGAUUCCAUGGAACGUAUUCGUUUCAACUCUCUCGCCCUGACAAUACACGCCAAUAUCAACCCUGUUCCUAUCUUUGUGGAUGGCUCUCUGAAAUAUCCACAUUAUUUCCCUCGCACAGUUUGGCGAUUUUGGUGCCUCAAGAAGCCUAGCAGAGUUCAUCGCCUGGUCGAACUUGCCGAAUUCUACAAAAUUGAAGGUUAUCAGAGCUGGAGUCGCAUGCAUGCAGACAUGUUUGCCAAUGAUAGCGACUCAAGUGAUGCCAGUGAUUACGAAAUUACACGUGCUGAAGCUGUCCGUCGGUUUCCGGAGGCGGCCCACCAAGCUUUGGCGGCCAUUCUCGGUCUUGUAUACUACAAGAUCCGUAAGCACGUGGGCGAAGGUCCCAAUGCCGCGGCUAUGGCUCCUCGUCCUCAGAAGCGUCGACAAGAGGAGGUCGCCUCAACAAGCGGCAGUUCUAAGUCUAAGCCUGUGAAAAUGCCCCGCCGACCCAGCGUUUCUGAUUCCUUCAUGCAAGCUCUGAUCCAUGGAACUGAUCCACCAUAUGAUGAAGAAACUUCUGUGUCUGCACAAUCUGCGAUAUUGGGCUGGCAAGCUUUCUCCGAUGUGUCAGAAGAAGCCAGGAACAAACUACAAUCUAUGGACCCCAAUGAUCUCAAUGCUUUGUUCCGUGCUGUGGAGCAGGGUCGACGCACUUUGAAGCCUAGUCGAUCUGAGAUGAUGAACAGGUCACCCACUGAAUCGAAGGCCAGCAACAAUCCCUUCCGGAAAGCGACUGAGCCCGCUCGGGAAGAGGUGGCACCCGCUUCGGGACCAGUUCCCACUGAACGUGCCACAUUCUCCUCUUCGCAGAAGAGCAGUAGGGCUCAAUCUAACCCUGUACCUACCUCGGGACCGAACCUUGUCCCAACCGAGCCUGCCACCUUCUCUUCACAGAGUCAAAGCAGGGCUCGACCUGCGGUUCCGAGCCUGGUUCCUACUGAACCGAACACUGCCCCUACUCCGGGAUAUCAUCUUAUUCCCACUGAGCCUGCCACACCCUCUUCCCAGGGUAUCGGCAAAAGACAGACUUCCAAUGACGUCCUACCAACUGCUUCUGAUUCAGACAGUUCAACUACCUCGUAUUCGGAUAGUUCGUCAUGA